AUGGCCUUUGGUAAUCCGAAGUUAUCGACCGCGAAGAAUAUCAUCACUAUAGUAUUCUUCUUUUUCUUUGGAAGUACUUAUCUUCUCUUUUACAACACACUCCUCAAUUUGAGUGACUUAUUGGCAACACAUUUUGACUACUCACUCAGUUACACCUCGACCUUCCCACUCUUCUACAACUGGUUCAACUUUUUAGUUGCCAUCAUUCUGACUGUCCUCGCUUCUUUCCUCAAAAAAUUCCCAUUCAACAUAUUUGCUCACUUGUCCUUUGUUAUACACAUCAUCUUAUUUAUUGUCACUCCAUUCGUGUUGGUAUAUAUCCCAUCCAAUGCAGCGGGGUUCUGGGUGAUGAUUAUUAUGUCCACACUUAACGGUGUACCAACACCCAUGAACGCAUCGGUAUUCAUGGGAUUGUCUGGGAUGUUUUCCGGAGUGCACUCUGCAAUGUAUUUCAUUGGAAUGGCUGCCGGUGGUGUGAUAUCGUCAGUACUUCGAAUUAUCUCAGGGGCCAUAUUCAAGAACGAACCAAACAGCGACUUCUUCUUGUCGUUCUACUUGAACUGUAUGGUCGCCAUGGCGUCAUAUGCUAUGUAUAUCUAUAUGUACUUCGCGAUACCAAUCACACAAGAGUUGUACGAACAAACGAAUAUCGCGAACGCUGGAGAUGAGACACAAACCAUUUUGAAAGAAGAGACUUCCCUCCAAGCGUUCAUCCGUUUGAUCAAGAAGAUGGCCAUCAACUUGUUCUCCAUCGGAUUUGUGUUCUUUGUCACCUUAUCAAUAUUCCCGGGAUUUUUCACUAAUACACAGUAUAAGGCGUUGAGCAGCUCAUUCGAACAGGCGUCUGUGGUGUUGACCAUAACAACCAUUUUCAUGAUCGGUGACUUGUUAUCGAGAUUCUGUGUGUAUAUUCCAAUUCCUUGGAAUAAGUGGUUGAUCUUCAUAUUCUCAGUGUCUCGUGUCGUCUUUUAUAUACCAGUCUUCUGUUAUUACUAUAUUCCAUAUACCACCCCUUGGUACAUGUUCUUCAUCAUGUUAUUGUUCUCGUUCACAAAUGGGUAUGUCAGUGCUUGGGCUAUUCAAAUUGCAUAUAAAGAAAUCGAUCCUGCUGAUAUGAAGGUUGCCGGUAAUUUGGUUAUGGUCUCGAUGAACGUCGGGUUGUCAAUUGGUGGGACACUUCUGUUCAUUCUCUCUAGUACACUCCCGAACCCACUUGAUGGUUCUUCUUCUGCGUAA